CAGACCCGGCUGCGCCAACAGACAAAAGCGACGCCGCAUCGCGGAGGCACAAAGAGGAGCAGCGACCCGCAGCCCCCCGCAGCCCCACCAUGCUGGACACCAUCAGCAGUCAGUACGACUCCUUCAUCUACUGGAGGAUGCCCAUCCCGCGGCUGGAGCUGGCGGAGCUGGAGGGGCUGGGCCUGGGGUCCCUCUAUGCCCCCCACGGCAAAGUGCCCGAGGCGGCCCAGGAGCCCGGCCGUGCGGAGGAGGACAGCCUGCUGCCCUUCAGCAGCUUCAACUUCUGGAGGGCGCCCAUCGCCAGCCUCAGCUCCUUCGAAUUCGACCUCAUCUGACGCCCUCCUCCCUGCUCCCCGUUGCCAGGCAUGCCAGGGUUCGGUUUCGUUGGUUCUGUGCGGUGUCGGGUGUUUGGUUUUGCUU